AUGUCCUCAACGGCAACCACAUCAUCCGCCGCCGCGCUCUCUUUCCCACCUCAUUCCCUCCUCUCCCGCAAAACCCAUCUCUCUUUCCGGACUUACCAACGCUCUUCCCCAUUCACCAGCUCCUUCUCACCUGCCGCCACUCUCCGAGUCAAAGCUUCUUCCUCCGACCCUUCCUCACCUUCCCCAGCCAAAGGCGGGGUUGAGAAUUUGGUAAUCAUAGGUUCAGGUCCUGCUGGAUACACUGCAGCAAUUUAUGCAGCUCGAGCGAAUUUGAAGCCGGUGGUUUUCGAGGGAUUUCAGGUUGGUGGUGUGCCUGGUGGGCAGUUGAUGACUACCACUGAAGUGGAGAACUUUCCUGGUUUUCCAGAUGGAAUCACUGGUCCUGAUUUGAUGGAUAGGAUGCGGCGGCAAGCUGAGCGUUGGGGAGCAGAACUGUACCAGGAAGAUGUUGAAUCUCUCAACGUUACAACCCAUCCGUUUGUUGUGGAAAGUAGUGAACGUAAGAUUAUAUGCCAUAGUCUCAUUUAUGCCACUGGAGCUACUGCAAAAAGGCUCAGCUUGCCUCGCGAGGAAGAGUUUUGGAGUAGAGGAAUUAGUGCUUGUGCAAUUUGCGACGGAGCAUCUCCAUUAUUUAAGGGCCAGGUUCUAGCUGUUGUUGGAGGUGGUGAUACAGCAACAGAGGAAGCAAUAUACUUAACCAAAUAUGCCCGCCAUGUUCAUCUACUUGUACGUAGGGAGCAACUCAGGGCAUCUAAAGCAAUGCAAGAUAGAGUGUUCAACAAUCCAAAUAUCACUGUCCACUUCAGUACAGAGACGGUGGAUGUGGUAAGCAAUACGAAGGGCCAGAUGUCUGGUGUAUUGACUAGAAGAGUUGAUACUGGCGAGGAAGUGGUUAUUGAGGCAAAAGGCUUAUUCUAUGGUAUUGGGCACUCACCAAAUAGCCAACUGUUAGAAGGCCAAGUUGAACUUGAUCACACAGGAUAUGUGUUAGUUCGGGACGGUUGUGCAACAACUUCUGUGGAAGGUGUAUUUGCGGCUGGAGAUGUACAGGACCAUGAAUGGAGGCAAGCUGUCACUGCUGCUGGAUCAGGAUGCAUUGCAGCUUUAUCAGCAGAAAGAUAUCUUGUGAGCAAUGAUCUGCUUAUAGAGUUCCAUCAGCCUGCAACCGAAGAGGUUAAGAAGGAACUGACUGACAAAGAUGUUCAGGAGGGCUUUGACAUUACCCGCACAAAGCAUAAGGGCCAGUAUGCUCUAAGGAAGUUAUAUCACGAAAGUCCAAGGCUUGUAUGUGUGUUGUACACAUCACCAACUUGUGGUCCAUGCAGAACUUUAAAGCCAAUUCUAAGCAAGGUGAUUGAUGAAUAUGAUCAAAAUGUACAUUUUGUUGAAAUUGACAUCGAGGAGGAUCCAGAAAUAGCUGAAGCUGCUGACAUUAUGGGGACACCAUGUGUUCAGUUCUUUAAGAAUAAAGAGUUACUCAGGAAGGUGCCCGGGGUGAAGAUGAAGAAAGAGUAUAGAGAAUUCAUUGAAGCAAAUAAAUAA